AUGGAUGUCUUAAAGGAACAACUUAUUGCGUUAGAUAUGUCUGAAGAACCUGAACCCAGAGACUGUUUACCCACAGAGUCACAAGCUGUUAGCGAAGAGAAAAAUGAUCCAGAGACGAUAAUCCGGUGUUUACAAAUAAUGUACUUUAUGAUGCAAUCCAAGACGAUAGUAGUACUAUCACCAACAUUGAGAACGUUGAUGGAAAGCAUUACUCUACCAUACAUUAAUCUUCAAAAUACUCAUAUCAAAGUCCUCAGCUUGGCUUUGGAGUGUGUUGGUCUGUGCUGCCAUGUAGAUAAAGAUCUUGCCAAAAAAUAUCUUAUGAUGUAUUUUCUUUACAUUACCGAGUCGGCUGAUGAAAAUGUAUGGAUAGCUGCUACCGAAGUGAUUUUUGACUUAUUAUUAAAGUACGGUUUUGAACAUUUUGAAAUCACGCAAGAGGGUACAAAUAACAUACAAGACACUAGCAAAAAAAGUAAAUCCGUCCGGUUGUAUUCUCACAAUGACGAAGACACUAAUGUUAACGACAAGAAUAUGCAUGCAGAUGGUAGUCAUAACGUCAUUAAAGCCUUAAUUGCCUUAUUAGACAAUCAGGUACAGAAUCUUCAAUCUGUUGCUGCAGAAGGCCUGUGCAAACUUAUCUUACACAAAAAAAUAGUUAGUCAUCAAUUGAUUUCUCAAUUAUUGAUUUUAUGGCACAAUCCUAGCACCAAAGACAAUCCAUUCUUAAGUCAAUGCAUAUGCGGUUUCUUUAAUCUUUACAUCAGUAGAAUACCAGAAAGUCAGGCUAUAUUGGAAGAAGCAUACCUUCCAACACUGAAGAUGUUGGCUAAUGCCCCAGAAAUGAGUCCACUACAAGAAAUCGAUGCACUUCGAGUUAGUGAAAUCAUAAUAAAGCUCACGUGUUGCCAUAUUCACAAUAACUACAGUACCCACAAUCAGCUCACAUAUACAAUAUUAAGUGAAAUUCUGAAUCCUGAAACUGAAAUCGAGUUGGAUGUGCUUAUAAAAUCUCUAAAGUGUUUAGAUGUGCAAUUAGAUGGUCAAAAUUUAAAAAACGAUAUCUUAAAAGCAUUGGAUGACGUUGAAAAUCUGUUGAAUGCAUCUGGAGAGAAACGAUUACUCAACUACAUUAAUAUAUUCAGAGCAAAAGUUACAGCUCCAUCCGAAACUUUACAGGGUGACAAUACAGCUAAUCCAGACAACCAUCUCGAGGACAAAGAAAACGAAGACGACACCGAUAGAAAUGACGAGAUAGAACAGGAAGGGAACGAAGAUGAAGAGAUGGAAGAGGGAGAUUAGAAAACUAUGAGUUACAAAUUUUUUUUUUUAAUUUCUAAAUGACGUAAAACGUAACGACGACUAUAAUCAAUUUGAUGUACAGCACUAUUUCCUAGUGUAAUGUAAUUAUUUAAUUAUUUACAAGUGUUUUGUCCAUCAGUAUUUAUAUUUUAUAAUGAAACGCGACGUGUAAAAAGAUCCAUGAUAAAUAAAUUUAGUUUUUUAAAUCUAA